AUGACCCAUCCUAUUUCCUCCGACGAGCGCAGAAAAAUCAUCUGGGCCCACGUCUACCAAGAGCUGCUCCGCAAUGCUAUCCCCGACUCACGCUUCAACUACGAUUUCCUCUCCUUCACACCUGAUUUCCGCGGCUCCGCGUCUGCUGUCGAUCGCGUAGUCGAGUUGCCUUGCUACAUAAACGCAAGCACGCUCCUCGUCACGUCCGACAACAGCCUCGAGCAGUUACGAUAUCGAGCACUCAAAGAUGGGAAGAGGCUCCUGGUUGCGACAUACAGACUUCGUAGAGGCUUUGUACUGUUGAAUCCAGCGAGGAUAAGCGAGGAUAAAUAUGAGCUGGCGGCCUGCUUAGACGGGAUGGAGAAGCCUGGCGUUGGCCGGGCAGUCUCGCUGGCGCAGAUUCGGGAUGAAGACCUCUGCGUAGACAUGUGCCUCAUAGGAGGUCUGGCCUUCAAUAAACAGGGUGUAGUGAUCUGGGAAGGCCAGGCGCUAUUCGAGGUGCAAUGGGCGCUGCUGCAGGACAUCAAGCGCCUGGCCUCCAAAGUACCUGUUGUCGCUGUUGCGCACACAUGUCAAGUAGUCGACGAAGCGCAGCUGGGCGUGGAGAGGAUCAACCCAGACAAAGCUGGCGAGGUACAAUGCGACUAUGUAGUAACUCCCGAGAGCAGUUACCAAGUAGAAGUCCCGUACAGACCUACUAGUGGCAUUGAUUUUGACACCAUAGACCCCGAGGCACUUAACAAUAUACCGCUUUUGCAAGAGCUGAAGGGCAUGCGGAUGAUGGAGCAAAUCAUGGCAGGUGGAGGUUUCAGUCAAGAGAAAAAGGAAGAGAAACCAGCAUCGCCAUCUGCCCAAGAACAGAUUGGCAUCGAUAUGGUUGAGAAGCUAUUGAAAGGAUAUAAGCCGUAA